AUGAAUAACAACGACGACUACUACUACUGCUAUUACCGUUUUCUGAGCACCUACUUUACAGCAGAGCUGUGUUACGUGCUAUCCAUCUUUCUGCCUUCAGUCCUGACUACCCCCCUCCCACAAUCCAAAGCGCCGUACGGACGGCGCACCACGGGGCGCGAUCCCGCGAGCAUCCGCGCCCGCCCCUCCCCCGCGCGCCCGCUCGGCUUCCGGUCUAUUGAAGACAAUGAAGUAUAUUUGCCUAAUGAUGAAAUUUGGACCUAUGAUAUUGAUAGUGGGUUGUGGACAAUGCACCUCAUGGAAGGAGAACUCCCCACCUCCAUGUCAGGAAGUUGUGGAGCUUGCAUUCAUGGAAAGCUGUACAUUUUUGGAGGAUAUGAUGACAAAGGAUACAGCAAUCGACUUUAUUUUGUUAAUUUGCGAACAAGAGAUGGAACCUACAUUUGGAAAAAAAUCACCGACUUUGAAGGACAACCACCCACGCCACGUGAUAAGCUUUCUUGCUGGGUAUACAAAGACAGAUUAAUAUAUUUUGGUGGCUAUGGGUGUAGGAGACACAGUGAACUCCAGGACUGUUUUGAUGUUCAUGAUGCAUCUUGGGAAGAGCAGAUGUUCUGGGGAUGGCACAAUGAUGUUCAUGUAUUUGACACAAAGACACAGAGUUGGUUUCAACCAGAAAUUAAAGGUGGAGUACCCCCACAGCCACGAGCCGCCCACACGUGUGCAGUUCUUGGAAAUAAGGGCUAUGUCUUUGGUGGACGUGUUUUGCAAACUAGGAUGAAUGAUUUGCACUAUCUAAACUUAGAUACCUGGACUUGGUCUGGAAGGAUUCCCGUUAAUGGAGAAAAUCCCAAACACCGGUCAUGGCAUACUUUAACGCCAAUAGCUGAUGAUAAGCUUUUCCUCUUUGGUGGACUAAGUGCAGACAAUAUUCCAUUAAGUGAUGGUUGGAUUUAUAAUGUCAUGACAAAUUGUUGGAAACAACUUAUGCAUUUACCUAAAACAAGACCCAGGUUAUGGCACACAGCCUGUUUGGGAAAAGAAAAUGAAAUAAUGGUAUUUGGUGGGAGCAAAGAUGAUUUACUUUCCUUGGAUACAGGUCACUGUAAUGAUUUAUUGAUCUUUCAAACACAGCCUUAUUCAUUACUCAGGUCAUGCCUUGACUGCAUUGGUAAAAAUGCUAUAAUUUUAGAAAGUCAGAUAUCUUUAUUACCUCCUAAACUUCUGCAACAAGUACUCAAAAAAAUAACAUUUUGGACUGCAGCUAAUCACCGAGAGGAACAAAGAGCCCAAAAAGAAGAAACGGAAAACAAGUAUCAGCAGAUCAGUAGCAAUUAAGUUGUUAUAUACCCUAUAUAUUUAAUGUUUAAACAUUUUAAUCAGAUGGUAUAUUUACCCCCCAAAUUGGAUGUUUUAUUUAGAAGAUAAAAUUUGAUACAAAAAUGCUAUGUUAAAGUGAUUAUAUGGUGUAGAAUAUAUGGGAAUAAGAUGUUAAUGGCAGAUUGAUUUAUGUUUAUAUUUGUAAAAUAAUUUUCUUAUAAACUGCAGCAAAAAUAUACUUUCUGAAAGUAGGUACAAUUGUAAGAGAUUUCAACUUACUUUGUACUCUUUACUGGAAAGAUUACACAAAUUUGAGGAGAAUAAGAAAUUAUCCAAGGACUUUAGAAAUCCCCCAACAUAAUGGUAGAUGGAUAAAAACACCUCAUAUCAACUUUCAGAAAGAAUAGAUUGUCUCAAGUCACUUUAAAAUUAUCUAAAGCUUCUCAUUAAAUAACUCAGUUAUUUAAAUAGCUUCUCCUUAAAUAACUAAUACAGCGGGCCAAAAUUAUAAAAAAGGCAAACACUGGUCUGGUAUUAAAUAUUGAACUCCUACCCUUCCAGCACUCACCUAGUCAAGUGUUCUUCAGCAUCAUCAUAACUGUUGCUCAUCUUUGAGUAGGGGAAUAAAUGUCUUCAAUUGUCUUUUCAUUACCCUUAAAUUAUUAGUUUGUCCAAUUAUAUAUAUACAUAAAGGCAAUAUUUUAAAGUGUCUAAAGUGGAGGUUUAUUUCAUAUAGACUUUGAAAUAUUGAGAAGCAGUACAUUCAUUAACUUUUGGGACACAUUAAAAUACAUUUUGCCUUUGAA